AUGGCUUCAAGGGGAGCAAUUGAGACCAGUAAGUUGAAACAGAACUUGGAAGAGCAACUGGAUAGACUAAUGCAGCAAUUGCAAGAUCUGGAGGAGUGUAGGUAAUAAAUUCCAUACUGAAAUUGAUUAAUCUGUCACAAAAUCUUUGUGUUAACGCCAUGUAGGGCAGGGCAGGCAUCUUUUUCUCCAUUCAGUCUUUAGCUGUUUGUAGAUGGACGGGAUGAUGUCAUUGGAGGCUGGCCUAUCAGGGCUAAUGGGGCACAGUCCCACUAAUGUCAGCCUGCUCUUAGUCAGACCCUACCUUGACUUCUUACAUAGUACUAGUCCGGGGGGUGGGUGGCGGGAUUGCCUGCCAGCUUCAUCCUUCAUGAUCUCAGUAUUGCCAUUGUAGAACUUAGGACGGAGGAGAAUGUGGACAAAGCUAGAAUUAGUUCACCUUGGUUCCACCUACUGUUAGGCUCCCUGCCUUCUGGCCUUCCAGUACCAAUGGGCACCAGACACUACUGGGUGAUGCAUGCACUCAUUUGGAUUUUGUCCUUUUCAAACAUCCUUUAAGGAUCUUCCAAGGGCAGUGCUUCAUGUGACAUGCCAGUAUGUUGUGUUGCUGUUGUUAAGAAUGUAAGAAGAGCCCUGCUGGAUCAGACCAAAGACUUUUCUAGUCCAGUAUCCUGUUUCCCUUGGUGUCCAAUCUGAUGCCUUUUGGGAAGCCCACAAGCAGGACAUGAGGGCAUUCGCUGUCUCCUGUUACUGUUCUGUGGCAACUGAUACUCAGAUAACGUAGCUCAGUACUGCCUACACCGACUAGGAGCAGCUCCACACUGUUUCAGGGUGGCAUAGUAAAAUACUGGCAUCAUUAAUUUUGUGAGAUGGGGAAAGCAGCCCACUAUUAACAAGCGGGAUGGCUGUUGGAAUAUAAUAGAUUGACUAAUGGUCUGACUCGGUACAAGGCACCUUCCUAUGUUCCUAUGUAGAGCCCUACUGUGGUUAACCUGUUGGCUGAGUCGCAGUGCUUGCUCUUAUUCAGAGAUGAUCUGGAUGCAGAUGAGUAUGAAGAGACCAAGAAAGAAACCCUUGAGCAGCUGAGUGAGUUCAAUGAUUCCCUGAAGAAGAUUAUGUCUGGAAACAUGACAUUGGUAGACGAACUUAGUGGGAUGCAAUUGGUGAGUGUUUGGAGGGGACUUUUUUUUUUUGACGUAGUGUGUCUAAAACACUGCAUUAUGACAUUGAGUCCAUCACUCAAAAGGAGAGCAUCUGCUUUGACUGCAGAAGGUCCCAGGUUCAAUCCCCAGCAUAUCCAGCUAGGGCUGGAAGAGACCCCUGCCUGAAACCCUUUGGAGCCACUGCCAGUCAGUUUAGGCAAUGCUGAGCUAUACUGAGUGGUCUGACUGCUUAAGGCAGCUUCCUAUUUCUUUAAAUAAUAUUUAUUAUAUUUUCCAAAAACACUAAAAAAAGAAGAAAAAAAGAAAAAGAAAAACAAUACAAUACAACACAUCAAAUUAACAAAACAAGACAAAGACAAUAAAGUAAAUCAAACAAUAUCCCAUCUUUCAUUCACUUAUUUCCACGACCUCCUCACACCUCCCUUUUUGUAUUCCACUUCUGUUAAUUAUUUCAGCAAUUCCUUUCCAUCUUCCUCUGUUUUCUAUCCUAUAAUUAUCUUAACUCAUUCUAACCUUAUUUUUCCUUUAAUACUCUAUUAACCUAUCUGUACUUAAUUCCUUGUAAUAUUUCUACUAAAGCCAUAUAACUUCAUUUCAACAUUUUUCUAACAUUCAUUAAUUUUACAAUAUUUCUGUAGAUAGUCUUUAAACUUUUUCCAAUCUUCUUCCACCAACUCCUCUCCCUGGUCUCGGAUUCUGCCAGUCAUUUCCGCCAGUUCCAUGUAGUCCAUCAACUUCAUCUGCCAUUCUUCCCGGGUGGGCAAAUCUUGUGUCUUCCAAUACUUCGCAAUGAGUAUUCUUGCUGCUAAGGCAGCUUCCUAUUUCUUAAGCGAAAGGACGUAGCUCAAUGGUAGAGCAUCUGCCUUGCACCUAGAAUGCCCCAGGUUAAAUCUGAUCAUCUUUAGAUGGGCCUGGGAAUGCCUCCUCUCUAAAACUCUGGUGGGACAUUGCCAGUCACAAUGCUGAACUAGAUGGACCAAUGGUGUAAUGCAGCUUCCUAUACAGGUAACUCGCAUCUUUCGCGAGGGUUUUAGCUUGUAAUCUUCCUCUUCCAGGCUAUACAAGCGGCCAUCAGCCAGGCUUUUAAAACCCCGGAAGUCAUCAGGAUGUUUGCCAAAAAGCAGCCAGGGCAGCUGCGGACAAGAUUGGCAGAGGUAAAGAUGUUUUAUCACCUUUUUUAAAAGUGUACAUACAUGAAGUAUGUUUAGAAUCAUUAGUUCAUUUCAUUUAUAAACCGCUUCCUGUGAGGCAUCCCAAUGUGAUCUACAUAUUUUUUUUAACUUGUAAAUCUUAAACAAUGUUUUAUACUGAUUUUCAAAGAUGAGAAGCUGGGAGUGUUAACAGCAUUGCCUAGUCCUGGGCUGGGCAGACUAAAUUAUGAAAACUAAUUUGGGGGGGCAUUAUUGGUUGUUCCUGUUUUUAUUCUUUUGUGCUUUUGUGUUGUGAUUUUAUCUUGUGAGCCGCCCUGAGACCUGCAGGUAUAGGGCAGUCAGUAAUCAAAUGUUAAUGAUAAUGAGAAGAAGAAGAUGAUGAUUUAGUCAGGCUGUAGAAGCUUUGAUUUAAUUGGGAGCUUUGCCCCAUGCGGUGCCUGUGAACUGGUUCACACAAUCACAUGGAAAUGUGUGAUGGGAGAACUCCGCCCAAGGAGGGAUGGGGAACCUGUAACCUGGACAGGUUGUUGCUGGACUACAACUCCCAUCAUCCCUGACUGUGAGCUAUGCCAGAUGGGGCUGAUGGCAUUCGAUCUUUUCUGCAACUGACACUUAGCGACUGCCACAAAUUUCUUUCUCAUGGUACACAAAUAAUGGGUGUUAAUUCCUAAGGGCUGUGUAAAUCUUCAUACAUCAGAUGCAUAAUUAGUGUCAUCCACCCCCACUUCCCGGUUUUCUCUUCCCCUUUAUAGAUGGACAGAGAUCUGAUUGUUGGAAAGUUGGGACGCGACGUCUAUACUCAGCAAAAAGUGGAAAUUCUCACCGCUCUCAGGAAGCUUGGGGAGAAGGUACUAAAUUUGCUUGGCAUGUCCCUCAUGGGGCUAUAAAUGGAAUUGCGUGGAUUACACACGUUGUGUAGUACUAGUCUUAUACCCUGCUGCAGAAUCUGGAUCCCUUAGAAACUGCACAGAAUAUUACACAAUUGGAUUUUUUUCACCAUGCCUCAACACUAUUUAAGGCUUUGUCUGGAGUCUUGAAGCUAUGAAAGCUUGUUUGGAAAUGUUUUCUUGUAUUGAUUAUGCCACUUUCAUUUUAAAUGUUUAAAUCAGUGAUGGCCAAACUUGGCCCUCCAGCUGUUUUGGGACUACAAUUCCCAUCAUCCCUGACCACUGGCCCUGUUAGCUAGGGAUGAUGGGUAUUGUAGUCCCAAAACAGCUGGAGGGCCAAGUUUGGCCAUCACUGGUUUAAGUGAUAUUAAAAGUUUCAUGGCUGACUCAUCCUAAUUUCUUUCAUUCUUUGUGUUUACAGCUGACUCCUGAUGAUGAGACUUUUCUUUCAACAAAUGCAGGAGCUGCUCUCAGCCAGUUUGUGAGAGUUUCCAGUGAUCUUGGUAAGUUAAAAAAAAAAAAAUCCCCAUGCCUCUUUCCUUGAUCGUGUGUGUCAAACUUCUCACAAUCGGGAGAAAAGAAAUGGUGUCUCAUCAUCCUUAGUUCAUGACUACAGCUCAUCUGCUUCCUCUUCAUUAACAGGCAUGGAGGUUGGAUUCACUGCCAUAUAGCAUGAACAUGAGUGUAACUUAAAUAGCAUUUUUUCCAAUCCAAUGACAGACUGGUUUGACUUUAUUCCAAAUGAUGCUUAUCAGUCCCAGUCAAAACACACAACUUGAUCCUGUAGAUCAGCCUGGCAAAAUCAGUCAAUGAAAAUAAGUAGUCCACAUACCGUAUUGGCCCAAAUACAAACUGCACUUUCCCCCCAAAUUCUGACCGUGAAAAGUUAAAAGUGCAGCUUAAAUUUGCGACCUUACAAAAAUUGGCUUUUACGAUAUCGCUGCUGAAACAGACAUAUGGUAAAACGGAACAAAAAAAUGUUUUCUUGCAGAUUUGCGAGCUUGAGACUGUUGUGCAAUUAAUUCUAAUGUCAUACAUCGCUUUCCCUGUAUUUUACAGUGCAGUAUUGAUUUUUUAAUUUGCAUUUACGGUGCUACGAACAGGUGUUAAACCAACUUGUGGGUUCUCUCUAGUACCCAUAGGAUUUUCUUCCACAUUUGACAUUUACGGGUGUGAGUGCCUGUGGAAUUUUAAGGGAGCGACUUAUAUUCGGGUAUUGUCUUUUUUUCUUUCCCCCCCUUAAAUUUUAAAGGUGUGGCUUAUAUUCGGGUGCAGCUUAUAUUCGGGCCAAUAUGGUAAAUAGUUGCCUACCAUCUUACCUGCAUAUGACUUACUGGCAGUGUUGUACCGAUAAUUGCUUGGGAAUUCUAAGAAACUCCCAAAUGUGCAGUUUAGUGCAGUUUUGAGAUCCAUGGUUAAAAUCAGUGGUUUUGAGAUCAGUGGUUAACAUCAGUGCAAUCUGUCAUUUAAAUCAAUGCAGUUCAGUCCACCAUCGUUUCUUUUUGUUUUUAUUUUUGUUAGUCUAUUGCAUGUAUAACAAACUCACAGAGUAUUCUAAGAAUUCAAUAAGGGAGGGGAACAAUUGAGCAUGGUCAGGUUUAAGAUAAGGAGAUAAAAGAUAUAAAAGGAAAAUAUUAAAAGAAAUUUGUAUAAGAGAAGCAAUAUAGUAGUACUGUAUUCCAAGUUAAGAAAGACUUAAAACAGUGGUUCAAAAACUCAUAUAAUUGUAAAUGCAUAACGUUCUAUUCACAUAUUAAAAUAUAAAUAAAUCUUACUAUCAAAUACCUCUUGUGUGAUUAGUAUGGCUAUAUAAAUUUAUACUUGCAAUUGUUAAUCAAUAAUUAUUUGUUGGAGGCUGGAUGUUGCUGAUGGAAUAAAGACAGGAUUUUAAAACAGUCCCUCUUUUUCAUUAACUGCAGGAUCAGGUGAUAAGGUCUUCGCGCUGGCAAGUUUUGAGGUAGAGAAAUCAAAGCAGUGA